AUGAGCCUCGUGCAGCAUCAGCAUCGUCCUGAUGACCUCUGGACCGACGAUCUCUUCAGCCAUGCCGAAGUGCUAGAUGAGAGGUUGUUGAAUGAGACAGAGCCUCUUGUGAAUGGAUAUGACCUGGACGAGGAAUGGCCUGUCACUCUAGCACAGCGUCAAAUGCUGGAAGGGCACCCCUCCCCGUGGUGUCGUAUCAGCUUGAUCCUCCCUCGACAGUCUGCCCCAGACGUGGCCCGAAUCCGGUCUAUCUGGAAGCAGCUGUGUUCACUUCACUGCUGUCUGCGCACUGUGCUUCGCACAGAUCCGGUAUCAGGCCAGGUUUUCCAACGUGUGCUAUAUCAGACCCCUGACAUCCACUGGAACAUUGAUGGUGCCACCCCUGCACCCUCAUCCAAUUCUUCCCAACUGGAGAGUGCCGGAGAAGACCAUGCUGCGCAGUUACUUGUUCGACGAGACGCUAGCAGUGGCGGCCUUCGUCUCACCUUCCGGGCUCAUCGAGCCUUGGUGGACGGGACCUCGUUAGAGCUGAUCAAGCGCAACUUUGUCCGUCUUUAUUGUGACCUGCCGGUGCAUGAGCACACCCCGUUGGCUUCGUACUAUCAGUUCCUGGCGCAAACCAAGAAUCCCUCUGCCAGUGCCGAGUUUUGGAAAGGUCAGCUGAGCGGAGCCUUCCCACCGCAUGCCUUGCCCUGGCGUACCCGACUCUCUGACAGCAGCCCUGCUCAAGAGCGGCGAGCCCUCACUCUUCACCUGGACGAGACUUCUCAUCCCGGCCUCGCACGCUUGGAGCAUGCGUCAGGCUUGUCACGGAAGCUGAUCUUCGAGGCCCUAUGGGCCUAUGUCCUCCACUGCCAUACCGGCUCGAAUGACAUCGUGUUUGCCGUUGUAGAGCGCGAUGCCAGCUUCCCCGGCGCGUCUUCAUGCCUCGGAUAUCUGGACAACACGUACCCCAUGAGAGUGGCUGUCGAUGGGGAAGAGCUCUUUGUGGACGUGUCCACCAGGAUCAGCAAGUUCCAUGAAUCCGGCUCGACUCAUGCCUUUUUGGGCUACGAUGAGAUUGCUCAAUACCUUCACUGUGAGGUCGAGUCCGUCCUGCGCUACUCGCCCGAUGCCAGUGGUCCGAUGAUGGCGGGUCAGUGGCCCUCAUUCCCGCUGGCCCUCUUCAUCAACGGCACCAGCCCGGCGAAUGUGACCUUGUGCCACUCGACUAUGAUCAGUUCCACUGAUGCCAAGCUGCUGCUCGAGCACUUUUGUCACGCCCUGUAUAGCGCUUUGGAUCAGUUCUACCUGCCGCAUACCCGUCUGGAGAAACUUGACCUCCUGUCUCGGGGCGACAAGCUCAAUCAGAUUCACACGGCCCGAUCCCUAGCGCAGCCUCAUAAGGAAUCCACUAUUCCUGCCUUGUUUGAAGAGCAAGUGACCAGAAGCCCCAAUACGGCAGCCGUUCAGUUUGAGGAAGAUCCUCCGCUUACCUACGCUGAGCUCAACGCUCGUGCCAACCGCCUUGCUCGUAUACUGGCAGCCCAUGAGAUCAAGGGUCGGGUGGUCCCAAUCUGUAUCGAUCGAUCCGUGACUCUGAUUAUCGCUCUGAUCGCCGUGCUGAAGGCCGGUGCAGCAUACACCGUCCUGGAUCCGGCUGGACCUGUGGAGCGCAAUCAACGUAUUAUCGCAACAUGUGGCGCCGAAAUUGUCCUGACAACGGACGCCUACGCCUCUCAGUACCCAGAGGCGAUGGUUCUUGAGAGCAGCGCUGGCACAGACGAUUCGCUCUCGUCAUCCAACCUCAAUAUAGACAUCCGGGGUGUGGACAGAUGCUAUGUUGUCUUCACGUCAGGGUCAACAGGAGCACCCAAGGGGGCAGUCAUUACCCAUGGAGCAGCUACCAACGGCAUGGCCUACUUCUCGCUGAACGGCUUACAACGAUGGUUGCUCUUUUACAACCCCACAUUUUCCGCUGCACAGAGAACGAUGCUGUCUACCCUUGUCCACGGCGGUACUCUGCUACUCGCCAGCAAACAGCGGCUGACGGGACGCCUGUCAGAGACAGUGCAGGCCAUGCAGGUCGAGGCUAUGGGCAUCACCCCAUCUGCCUUGUCGGUGAUUCGGCCACAGGACGUUCCGUCACUGAAGAUGGUCACACUGGUGGGAGAGAAGAUCCCCCGGGAACUGGUGGCCACCUGGGCCGACCAUGUACAUCUGCGCAACACCUUCGGACUGAGUGAGUGCGCUCAGUUGAAUUUUGGAUGCCGUCUUCAUGCCACCAGCAAUCCCGGUAUUGUCGGGCGUCCUACGGACACCACACAGGCCUAUGUUCUGAAGCCUGGCACAAUCGAGUUGGCUCCCAUGGGCGUUGCUGGGGAGCUCUGCCUGGCAGGGCCUCAGUUAGCGACAGGAUACCUCACCUCUGAUUCGGACUCCGCUGGGACUGCUGCUGAUGUCUUCGUACCCAACCCUUUUGGAUCCGGCAUGAUGUACCGCACUCGAGAUAUGGCUCGAAUGCACACCGAGGGCAUCGAGAUCCUGGGACGUCUCGACUUCCAAGCGAAGAUUAAUGGGCAGAAAAUUAACCCAGCGGAGAUUGACCGAACCCUCUCCCACCAUCCCGGUAUUGCCCAGUGCGCGGUCGUCACGGUUGAGAUGCGCAACAAGCCCACCCUUGUUGCCGCCAUUGUACCGUUCCCUGGGCAGUCAUGGCCGGGCCUAGUUGCUUCGCUGCGCUUACAUGCCAGUGAGAAGCUUCCUGCUUACAUGGUUCCAUCUCUGUGGAUGGAAAUGCGCUCUCUUCCCACUAAUCCGAACGGCAAGACAGACGUUCGGAGUAUUCGGGUCCAGGUACUGGAGGCCGGGUGGGAUGCAUUGGUCGCUGCAGCCAUCUCGUCACAUUCAGAGCCUCUAACUGACCCUGUGGAGGUCCAGAUUGCCAGUGUGUGGGCUGAUGUUCUCUCCUUGCCUCUCGGUCUUUCCAUCGACCUGAAUCCUUUACUUGGCAACAGCCCCCUCACAGAGGUGGCCGCGUCUGCUCAGCAGUCUGAAGGCACACGCCCGAACCUGGAACCGUUUGACCUCAUCGCAGACGCCAAAAUUCGCCAGGAACUCCAGCAAGAUGUCGCAAUUGCCGACGCCUACCCUGCGACUCCACUACAAGAAGGCCUUUUAGCGUCCAUUGACAGUGCACAAGGAAUGUACACUUAUCAACGCGUUUGGGACAUAAGCCGACUAGAUCUGGGCAGGCUCCAGUCUAGCUUCCGCACCGUCUUUGCUGGCAGUGAUAUUCUGCGAACCUCCUUUGUACCGCACGGUCGAGGCCUACUUCAGGUGGUGCGCAAAGACUUGGAGCUAGAUUGGACAGAGGUCUCCUGCAGCUUGGAAGAUUAUCUAGCCCAAGACAAGGAGCGGCCUUUCUCUCUCAGCGGCCCGCUCAUUCGUGUGGCCGUGACCCCGGAACUGCGCCUGGUUGUGACCACUCAUCACGCCUUGUUCGACUUCUGGUCUCAUCGGUUCCUGUAUGAGGAUGUGGCCCGCGACUACUUGGGCAUGUCGCUGAAGCCACGUCCACCGUACAAAGAGUUUGUGGGACAUCUGAUGUCCACUCCCAAGGCUGAGAGUGAUGCAUUCUGGGCCACGUAUCUUAGAGAGAUUGAGCCCAGCAUCCUGAACACGGUCCCUGUUUCCCAGACGAAAGUCUCAGUGACUCGCCUUCCCUGGAACCGCCAACGGCAGGCACUCAAAGAGCAUGGUCUUUCAGCUGGAUCCGUGCUCUAUGCUGCAUGGGCUGUGGUUCUCUCGCAACAUGUUCGCCACUCUGAUGUGGGUUUCGUCACGACACUCUCAGGUCGGGACGCCCCAGUGACAAACAUUGACCGCAUGGAUGGGCCAACAUUGACCUCUGUUCCUCAGAGAGUCUCGGUCUCCUUGCAGUCGACACUGAUAGAACUAGCCCACUCCGUACGUGACGGUUUUCUUCGGGUCUUGAAAUACUCUCAGCAUGGAAUCCGCCAUGCCCUCGCAGCUGCAGAACUCGGCGCAAACCACUUCGACACACUCGUGAACAUUCUUGUGAAGGAUGAAGAUAGCGCGGAAGUCACUCAGGUCUUCCGCCGACAUGGGGAGCGACCGAUCUGGCAUUCUGAAUUCACAACUCUGGAGAUUGAAGAAUCGGGCGAGGAGCUGCUCCUGAGGCUGUCGUCUCAAAUGGAGCCACGCCGUGUUGAAUUCCUCCUGGAAUCGUACGUUGCAGUAGUUGGGCAAUUUGUGAAUGCUCCGACGCAAAGAAUUGCCGAUUUGACAAUCAUGGGCGAGGAAGAACGGCGGUUUCUUUCCAACACGCUCUCCAACCGAGACACCCUGCAUGUCCCGGAGCCAUCUCUGCUUCACUCACGCUUUGAGACCUUUGCACGCGAUCAGCCCAGCAUCGUGGCCAUCAACUGGGAUGCAACCGAGGCCGUAUCCUAUGCCCACCUGGAUGCUCGGGCCACCCGGCUUGCCAACUUCUUGAUCCGCGCCGGUGUGCAGGUUGGCGAGGCGGUUCCUCUCAUGCUCGAUAAGUCUAUUGACACGAUCGUCGCAAUCCUGGGGGUCAUGAAGGCUGGUGCCGCAUACGUCCCUCUCAGUCCCGACAACCCAGUUGACCGAAAUGCGUUCAUUGUUAGUGACGUGGGAGCGAGAUUCGCGCUUGCGCAUGAAGAGUACCUGGACCUGAUCCGAGGGGAUUCUAAUCUCAAGGUUUUCCGCAUUGAUGAUCCAGAAAUUGAUGCCUUGCCCGACACUAUGCCAGACGUCCAGAUCGCCACCGACAGCAUCGCCUACAUCAUCUACACGUCUGGAAGUACAGGCAUGCCAAAGGGUGUCAAGGUGCCUCACCAGGCAGCGGCAGCAGCUGUCACCAGCAUGGCCAAGGCCGAAGGGCGUUACUCAGGGGAAUGGAGAACGGUGCAGUUCGCCAACUACGUUUUUGAUGCUUCAGUCCAAGACAUUUUCAACACCCUAAGUACCGGAGGGACCCUUUGCAUGGCACCUUCAGACAAAAUGCAGUCCAAUCUGCCUGGUGUCAUCCAGGAAAUGUCUGCGCGCCAGGCCAUCUUGACCCCAACGGUGGCUCGACUGCUUGAUCCCGACGAGGUGCCCUCAUUUGACACCCUGAUCGUUGGGGGAGAGCCACUGACCCCCGACGUAAUUGCGCGAUGGAGUGGCCGCCGCAUUCUCAACGUCUACGGUCCCACGGAGACGUCGAUGGUCAUUACGACGAAGGAGGUAGACCCGACAGGGCGACCCGGCAACAUCGGCGCUCCGUUCCCAACCGUGAUGGCUUUCCUCCUCGAUCCUGAUGGGACCACUCUGGUGCCCUACGGCUCUGUAGGCGAGCUGUGCGUGGCAGGACCGCAGGUGACGGCUGGCUACGUCAACCGAGAAGAUCUGACCCGGGCUGCGUUCGUGGAGGAUGUGCUCGGCACGUCGCGGCUGUACCGCACCGGCGACCUUGCCCGGUGGCUUCCUGGUGGCGAGCUCGAGUGUCUAGGUCGAAAGGAUAACCAGGUGAAGAUCCAUGGACAUCGCAUCGAACUGGCCGAGAUCGAGCAAGCAAUCUUGAAGACGGGUCUCGUGCAGGGAGCCGCAGUGCUGGGGGUCUCGGUCAAAGGCAGCAAGCAGCUCGUUGCGUUUUGCGUGUUCCAACCAGGCACCUGUGAGAUCCUUCCAGCAGAGGAUCAUGAGCAAGUUGCACGGGAGCUGCUGUCUAGUCUGACGACUGUGGCUCAUUACAUGGUGCCAAAGUACAUCAUUCCUGUUGGGGAUUUCCCCAAAAUGCCAUCGCGGAAAACUGACCGGAAGCUGCUGGCCAAAUGGGUUGACAAGUUGGAUGUCAUGGCCUUGAGCAAGUAUGCAUUUGAAGGCAGCGGUGCGCAGGACGCACUUGUCCCCGUGGCCACGGAGAACGAGUCGCAAUUACAACACUUUUGGUCCCAAGUCCUUGCACUGCCGCCGACAGACAUCGGCAGGAACUCGCACUUCCUUUCUCUGGGUGGUGACUCGAUUGCCGCGAUCAGCGUCACUAGCAUGGCUCGCAAGGCUGGGUUUGCUCUCACCGUCAAGGACAUCUUGAAGAAUCCGGUGUUGGAGCAGCUAGCGGCGCUCAUGCGCAUAGACGACCGACAGGAGCCUGUUUCAAUGAAACCGGCUUUCCAGACUCCUCCAAGUGUGAUCGAUGCCGUGGAGAAGAGCGGACUCAGUAUGGAGAACGAUGUGGAAUACGUAUACCCAUGUCCCCCCGGCCAAGCUCAAUUCCUCGAAGAAGGGGACCGCCCAGAGCAGAUGUGGGUGCUGAUGGCUAGCCGACGGAUGUCCAGGGAGACCAAAUAUGGGGACUGGAUAGAGUACACGACACGUCUAGCCGAGAUCAAUGACAUCCUGAGGACGUCCUGGAUGCGUUCAUCCGAAACCGAGUGGGUGGGUGUUGUUCUUCGAUCCUCGACGUUGGACGUCCAAGUCAUCUCAUGCACGGACGACGGAGAGCGAUCAACGAUCGUGGAAGCGUUCUGGGAAGAGCGGUUUGCGUUUGGCAAGCCUUUUGUGAAAUAUGCCGUCCUUCUGCAUCCCGACAGCACGUGGGAGCUCAUCAUCAAGAUGAACCACGCCGCCUACGAUGGUACUCUCCUGCGGAUAUUCGACGACCAUUUCGGCGCCAUCGUUCAAGGGAAGCCUGUUCCCGCCCACGGUGAGUUCAAAGACUUUGCGUCUCAUAUUCAUCGCUCCAUCAAGGAUCAAUCUCUUCAGUUCUGGAGACAGAGUCUCCAAGGCAAGACCUACACAUGGCCGGAGACCCAGAAUCCCAAAGUUACGGCAUCCGUCCGCCAUAUGGUUCCACGCAAUCUCGAGUCGGUGGCUCGCGCGCAGGGGGUGACGGUGUCGAUUCUCUUCCAGGCAGCCUAUCAACUGUGGCUCGCCCGCGCCAGCAACCGCAGCGACAUCAGUUUCGACUAUCUGCUGAGCGGACGCAAUGUCGACCUUGGUGGCGUCGAUCCGCAGACAAUCAACGGGACGCUCGCCAACUUUCUUCCGGUGCGAUGCACCAUCUCGCCGGAGGAGCGUCUCCGGGAGUACCUGGCCGCGACGCAGGAUAUGUUCUGGGCCAUUACAGAAAAUGGCAACGUAGGCUUGCAGGAGAUCUUUGCCGCGGCCGGACUGUCUCGUACGGCUAAGAACCAUUGUCUCUUCCUGUAUCAACCAUUCGAGCCCAGUGCCAACGGCGCCAACGAAGACGCCACUCGAUGGCUCGUCAUGGCCAAGUCACAAGUCCGCAUGUAUCAGCCGUACGCGCUGGUGGUUGAAGUGGCCAAGGCUUUGAAUCAUGAACAUCGCCUGACAGUCAUUGAUACGUCCAUCUCCACGAGUGGCUGGGGAGAGCAUCUACAGUCGACUCUCAAGGACUUGAGGACCGCCAUCUAUCGGGGCACGGACCUAAUCCAGCACGGCGUCCCUCCCCCGACGGAAUGGGGCAUUACCGGCGUGUACGUCGGGGUGCCAGGCGUGGCGCUGGCCUUUCUCCGUCUCGCGCAUCAAGCGGGUGCCUUGACCGACGAGGCAACGCUCUCUGUGGACUACCCCCAGCUUGCAAGAGAGCGCAUUCUUCCAGACGGCCCAGAUGUGCCGGUGCGCGCUGACCGACUCGCGCCUGGCGGGUCGCCGACGCCGCUGGCUGGCGCAGUGCCACGCAUGUUCGAAGCGGCGAUGACAGGCGGCGCCGUCUCGACGGAUGAUAUCAGGGUGCUGCAGCAGACGGUCGAGACGGCUCUAAAGACGGGAAAUCUGGUCCUCCACCAUGACCGUCUCAUGGGCGCGGACGAUACGCUGUAUGGUCGGGCUGGUCUGUUGUGGGCGCUCGUGAAUCUCCGCGUGCGUCAGUUUGAUGAAGAGACGUCGGCGUCUCUCAGGCCAGUGCUGGAUGCUAUUCCCCUCCUGGUGGACAAGAUCGUCGACGCUGGCCGUGGCAUCUUGGCCGUCCUGCUCGCCUGCAGAUCGGAGGAGAUCAACAACCACCUCCCCUACAUCGCGGAGACCAUCACCGCGCUUUCGAACAUCUGCAUCGCGAACAACGGCCAUCUCCCCACUACCAUCCCGCCACGGAGCUCCUCCUCGCAUCGGGAGUCGCCUCUGGUCCAGAUCUGCCACGGCAGCCCCGGUAUCGUCCUACUGCUGGCCUGCGCCCUGCGGAACACCGCCCUGAUCAGCAACCACUGGACGCCCGAAUGGGACGGGGCGCUUUGUCUUGCCAGCGAGCGCAUCUGGGAGGAGGGUAUGCUCUCCAAGGGCGGCGGGCUGUGCCACGGCAUCGCAGGGAACGCCUGGCCGCUGCUGUACGUGCACGACGCGCUAGAGUACAACGCCGACGCCCUCCGCACCGCACGAGACAGCUACGGGCAGCGCACUGGUGCAGCGGGUCUCCAGAAUACCAUGGGUGGGCUUACUAGCGACCAUUUCCUGGCGAGGGCUCUGGCCAUGAUGUUGCACGGGCGCGAGACGCCGCCCUACGCGUCUGCCACGGACGUCUAUCGGCUGCCGGACCGGCCGUUCUCGCUGACAGAGGGCCUCGCGGGGACGGUGUGCGCGUGGGCCGAGACGUGUGUGGUGAUCCAGGCGCGGUUGCGCAAGAUGGAGCUGGAUGAGAAGGGUCUCGGGGAUGGGGCGUUGGAGAAGGAUGAGGUUUUUCAGGAGAUGGAGAGGCUCAAGUUGGGAUUCCCUAUUCUCGCUUACCACCGACCCGGUGGGAUUUUCUAG